AUGCCUCACCAAAAUCCCCCAAAGGUCGUCCUUUUCGAUAUUGGCGGUGUUUGUGUACUCUCUCCUUUCCAAGGCAUAGUCGACUUCGAACGUAAGAACGGUUUGCCAGCGGAUUGGGUCAACUACGCAAUUCGAUACAGUUCCCCCAAUGGCUACUGGCAGCGUCUCGAACGCGGAGAACUCAAGAUGGAUGCAGAAUUCUUUAAAGGCUUCACGGCAGAUCUCCAUAAUAAGAACGCCUGGAAGGAGUUUCACACAAGUUUUAGGAACGAGAAGAAGAAGCUGAAGGACAUGGCUAAUCCUACGCAGCUGGGGGAUCACGUUAGCUUGAAGGCCGAAACCGCAGAUUCCAAGCCUACAGAUAAUGAUCGAGGAGCACAGUCCUCGGCCUCCAAGCAGAAAUCAUCAGGGAAUGAUCCAAACAACGGAAAGCCUUCACUUUCGAAGCUGGCGAAAGAUACCACAAUUGGAGACCCUGUCAGCAUGGAAUCCGAGGACGUGGUUGAAUCGUCCGCCAAAGGCAAGAUCAACGAAGACUCGACACCCAGAGAAAAAGUUGUUUCUCCUUCGUCACUCAGCAAUUCCGAAGCUUCGCCCGCUCCCAUUCCCUCAAUCGAUGGCGAGUUCCUCUUCUGGUCUAUGAUGAGUGCUUCACGUCAUCCCGAUCCCUACGUCUUUCCGGCGCUUGAACGACUAUCGAGCCAGGAAAAUCGUCCUAUCAUUGGGGCUCUCUCCAACACGGUCAUCUAUCCGCCGGGUCAUCCUUGGAGCAGAAAGGAGCUUUCUGAUUCCUCCAAUCCGAAAGUUGCAGACGCCUUCUUAUUCAAUCCCAAGAGCUACUUCGACGUCUAUAUCGCCAGUGCGGAAGUUGGCAUGCGAAAACCUUCACGCGAUAUAUAUGACCUUGCCAUUCAGCGCUUAGAUGAGUUUGACAAGCAGAAAGGUGGGAAAGGGAUCAACCCGGAAGAUGUCGUCUUUCUGGACGACAUUGGGGAGAAUUUGAAGAUGGCAAGGGAGGUGGGAAUGAAAACGAUCAAGGUGCAAUUAGGCAAAACCUGGAGAGCUGUGAAGGAGUUGGAGGGAAUUUUGGGACACGGUGUGGAUUUGAUGGACGAAAAGACUCGGAGGGCGAGACUGUAA